AUGGAUACCUUUACCAUAUCCUCCAUUUCUACUACUACCAAUGUGAUUACUACUUCUUCUACAUCAUCAUCAUCAUCAGCUUCUUUUUCUAUUUCUUGGAUGGAUAGUAAGAUAUGGAGAAAGCUCCCUCAAAGACUACUUGAUAGAAUCAUUGCCUUUCUCCCUCCUCCAGCUUUCUUUAGAGCUAGAUGUGUCUGCAAGAGAUGGUAUGGUCUUCUCUUCUCAACUACCUUUCUAGAAAUAUACUUACAGAUAUCUCCAAGGAGACCAUGGUUCCUCUUCUUUAAGAAACAGAAGAGCUCAACCUUCAAGUCCAACAUCUAUAGUAGUACCAGCUGUCACAAUCACAUUUAUAGUCAUGAAGCCUACUUGUUUGAUCCUCAUGAAGUUACAUGGUAUCGCCUACCCUUCGAAUCAGUGCCGGCCGGUUUCUCACCGGCGGCAGCUUCCGGCGGGUUGAUCUGUUUAGUCAACGAGGAUGCCGGCCCAAAAACCCUAAUCCUUUACAACCCAGUUUUAAGAUCAAUUACACAAUUGCCACCAACUCAGCGACCAAGGCUCUUCCCUUCGAUUGGAAUCACCGUGAGUCACGCUUUAAUCAACGUUGUUGUCGCUGGUGAUGACCUCAUCUCACCAUUCGCAGUAAAAAACCUAUCAUCUGAAAGCUUCCACGUGGACGGUGCAGGAUUCUUCUCAUUGUGGGGUACCACAUGUCCACUCCCUAGGCUAUGCAGUCUUGAAUCUGGAGGGAUGGUGUUUGUUAAUGGACGAUUCUAUUGCAUGAAUUAUAGUCCCUUUAGCGUGUUAGCGUAUGACGUGGCAGGGAAUGAGUGGUGGAAGAUUCAGGCGCCGAUGAAGAGAUUCCUGAGGUCACCGAGCUUGGUAGAGUGUAAGGGUAGAGUGGUUCUUGUGGCGGCGGUGGAGAAGAGUAAGCUGAACGUUCCGAGGAGUUUGAGGUUGUGGAGCUUGCAGGGUUGUGGGAGGAAUUGGGUGGAGUUUGAGAGAAUGCCUCAGCAGCUUUAUGGGAGGUUCAUGGAGAUAGAAGGUGGGAGAGGGUUUGAUUGUGCAGGUCAUGGAAACUUUGUUGUUUUUACAAUUCAUGGGUCUGAUCAGGUAUUGCUUUAUGAUUUCUACACCAAGGCUUGGCAGUGGAUCCCGCAAUGCCCCUUCGUGGAAGGAGGCGGCGGCGGCAGCAGUGGUGGUGGUGGUGGAUUGCAAUGUUUUGCUUACGAGCCUCUGCUUGCUACUCCGGCUAUUGGUCUUCUUGAACAGCCGUCAAUGCCAUUUUAGUUCCUUGGUGACUUUAAUCUGUU